ACGGCAUCUCUACCUUGCUGCGCUCAAAGAGAAGGCAUCGGUGCAAGUGGAUGGUGGGCGUGAACUUGCCACAUGAAUGAAUUGAGCUCUAGGACCUGUUUGGGUUGAAUAGACGAUUCAAACAAGUAGACGCAUUUCCUCUUCGCCCCGAAAGCUGAUACCCUAUGAUCAGCUUCUCUUCCACGUGUUGGCUAGAUUAUCACUAGGGGCUAACAGUCAAUUCCCAGUGGAGAGCCCGUUCGUUCCGCCAACGGCUUCACGAUGGACGCGUCGUCUUCUGCCCUGAUAGAAGGCUUGCGGAUGGCAGCUGCUGAGGCCAAGGUAAAAGAUCUCAGUGGGCAAUUCGAUCCCUCUCGAUCCCUUGUUGGGACAGGUGGCUACUCCACUGUCUAUACUGCAACUUGGAGGUCUCCUGAAUGUGAAGGACCUGUGAAGGUUUGUUACAAGGAGCUUCGUCCACAUGUAAGCAAUAUGCAUGAAGCUGUGGAGAAGACAAGAAAAAUGGUCAAGUACCUUACCCGUGAGAUGGGAGUUUGGAGUAAAUUGGAUCACCCUAAUAUCCUCAAGUUCCUUGGCUUUGCCAUCGAAGGGGAUGGAUGCGAUGUAAAGGGUGUGCUGGUUUCUCCUUGGUGCCGAAAUGGGAGUAUACUCGAGUAUCUAGAGAAGAACCCACAUGCAGAAAGGAUAGACUUGAUAAAGGGUAUCGCGGAAGGACUUGACUAUUUACACCAUUUGAUGCCAGCAGUUAUUCACGGAGAUCUUAAGCCUGCAAAUGUUCUCGUUAGCGAUGAUCACAACGCAAUGUUAUGCGAUUUUGGGCUGUCCCGCUUCAGCAGUGAACUCACCACGGGUCAAACAUCCUCAGCUGUUGCUUUGGCGAUCAGGUUCACGCCCCUGGAGGUAAUAUUAGGCGAGGAGAGGAAAAAGUACCGAAAGCGACGUCUAUUCCUUUGCAUGUACGUGUAUUCCGAUCUUGUUCGGCAAACAACCAUUCCCUGAUCUAAAGGACCUCCAAAUAGUUGCACAGAUCCCGAAAGAAGGUCCUUGGAACUGGGAUCUCAAGGACCCGCUGCAACGCACUCUGUCCAACUGCUGUUCUGUGGUGACCAAGAAUCGCCCCUCUAUCCGGAAGGCCCUGCAGACGGUUACAUUUGUUAGGUCCUCCCUGUCUCCCCGAGGCACCACGGGCGUUCCGAAGAGCAUCAUAGCGCCCCACGAUGCUCAUGCAUCAAACAUGUCCAACCCUAUUGGAGACUACAUAACGAGAUUAGUGCGGUACGCUCGCGAGUAUAACAUUCGGUUACGCAAGGUAAGACAUGCCCUUUAACAUGCGUAUAGGUGGAAAGACGAGUUGGCUGGCGCAUGGGAAG